CGCAGGAUUUCCUCCAUGUCUAAAACCCUUCCGCCUAAAACCCUUCUUCUUAAACACGACCCUCUUAACUUAUUUUUCUUCAUUUCUCAAAGGAAAAGAUUAAAUAAAUAAAAACAUGAAUUUGAUGUGAAAUUAUUUCUCUUUCUUUUCGCAAAUCCUAGUCUCUAUGCAUCGUUGUUCUCACAAGUUUUCAUGUGAAGAACUUGCAUAUUGCUUUCCCUUAAUCAUUCAGCUGUCACGUUACAGGAGCAGGAAUAUCCAUAACAUUGGUUUACUUGUGGGUAUUUUGAAGUAUAGGAGAAUAUAUUCGAGCCAGAAUCUACUUGAGCCAGUCAGUGAAAGGCUCAUCACCAGUAGUCAAUUUCUCAAUCACCCUUCUCAAAGAAGUUCAAGCAAAUCCAGUUGUUAUCAGAAAUUUGCACCUGUUGAAACUUAUUCUUUUCUUCAGUCCAGUAGUCUUCAGCAUUGGUUCAAAAAUUGGCAAGAACAAAGAAAGCAUAAAUUGACAGCAAGCACAUUUGCUGGGGCUAUUGGCUUUUGGCCCUGUCGAAGAGCCCAGCUCUGGCUAGAGAAACUUGGGGCAAUUGAGCCAUUUUCUGGUAACUUGGCUACCUGUUGGAGCAAUAUUAAAGAAGAGGAAGCUCUUGAAAGAUAUAAGUUGAUAACUGGAAAUACAGUUGCUUUUCCUGAAUUUCAGGUUUAUGGUAAGAUGAGCCCUGAAGACAGUUGGUUAGGAGCUUCACCUGAUGGGAUAGUGGACAGGUUUGUUUAUGGGUUGCCUCUUAAAGGAGUAUUGGAGAUAAAGUGUCCAUUUUUGGGUGGAGAUAUGAGCAAGGCUUUCCCUUGGAAGCGCAUCCCCCUCUAUUGUAUUCCACAAGCUCAGGGUUUAAUGGAAAUCAUGGAUCGGGAUUGGAUGGAUUUCUAUGUUUGGACUCCUCAAGGAAGCAGUCUGUUUAGGAUAUACCGAGAUGUAGAAUACUGGGAUGUUCUCAAAUUGGCACUCUCUGACUUUUGGUGGAAGCACGUUCAACCAGCAAAAGAAAUAUGCAGUAAAUAUGCGAUCACAGAACCCCUCAGAGAAUUAAAAUCACUAAGGCCAGCCUCCAGGCAUGAAUUAUGUAGCUAUAUAGUUUAUGAAAGCAAACGUAUUGUUGAUAAUUCCAAUUUAUUGAUGUGUGAAAUAAAUGGACAAUUGAUAAACUGAUUUGAUGAGUGAGAUAUUGAAUUUUAAAAGGUUAAAUGCAUAUUUGACCUUGAAUUUUGUA